AUGGAACAACGUACAGAACGACGUAAAGAUCGUAUAGAGGGAUUUCCUCGCGGUUGGUUUGUAAUUGGGUUUUCCAAUGAAUAUCAACCUGGGGACGUCAAAUCGAUGACCUAUUUUGGCCAUCGGCUGGUUUGUUUUCGCGGUCAAUCUGGAGACCUUCAUGUCAUUGAUGCCUAUUGCCCACAUUUAGGGAUGGACUUAGGUAAAGGCAAAGUAAUUGAAGACACCCUAGAAUGCCCAUUUCAUUCUUGGCGGUUUAAUGGACAAGGCGAGUGUACAGAAAUACCUUAUUGCCAAGAUAUCCCAAAACGAGCAGCAAGUGGCUCUUGGACAACAACUUGGCUGUUACAAGAAAAAAAUGGUGUUAUCUUCCUUUGGUUUGACCCCGAAGGCAAGGCACCUGAUUUUGAAAUUCCACUACUGCCAGAAUCUGAAUCCGAAGAAUGGACCUACUGGGAACAUAGUAAAAUUCAUAUCAAGACCCAUUCUCGUGAAAUCGUCGAAAAUGUUGUUGAUAUUGCCCAUUUUGCACCUGUACAUGGCACAAUUAUUGAAGAAUUUUCCAAUGAUUUUAAUGAGCAUAAAGCGAUUCAAUAUAACAAAGGGGUUGCUUACCCCCGUGGUGGCGGUAAGGAUUAUUUCGACCUAACAGCAACGUAUUACGGCCCUGGCUUUCAAAUUUCUGUGAUGAAUGGUUUCUUAGAAAGCCGCUUAAUCAAUGCCCAUACAAUGGUCGACGCAAAUAGCUUAGAUUUACGCUUUGGUGUCAUGCUCAAAAAAGGUACUGACCCAAAACAGACCGAAAGCUUUUCUAAGGGGUAUAUUGAUAACUUAACCACAGGUUUUCUAGAAGAUAUCGAAAUUUGGGAAAACAAAUGUUACCGUGAUGUGCCACUUUUAUGCGGUGACGACGGCCCUGUUAUGAAAUUACGCAAAUGGUAUAAACAGUUUUAUUCCGAAGCUUCGACAGCUCCAACGUCUAACAGAGCACCUGCUUAA